UGUCUCCUCCCUCUGAAUGCUCCCGGAAGGCAGUGUGCGGCGGUGAGACUGUGCCCAGUGUGCCCCAUGUUCGGCUAUCUGGCAGCGGCUAUUGUGUGCGCAGCGGCCGUGCUGAUCGUGCUCCUGGGCCCGGCCUCGUUUCCCAGUGUGCCCGGCCUGAUCUCCCUGUUUGCGGGCAGUGAGUGCGGGGUGUCUGGGGGCAGGUUGCUCGGCCAGAAGGAGCUGUCAGCGCACAAUGGGGGGCCGGGCAGCCCGGGUUUAUACCUGGCUGUGCUGGGGCUGGUGUUUGAUGUGAAGAAGGGGAGCAAGCACUAUGGCCCAGGGGGCUCCUACAGCUUCUUUGCAGGGAAAGAUGCCUCUAGAGCCUACGUGACCGGUGAUUUUACAGAGAAAGGCCUUGUGGAUGACCUGUCUGAACUUUCUCCUUUAGGAAUGCUUCACCUGAACAACUGGCUUUCAUUCUAUCGGCAGAAUUAUGAUUUUGUUGGAAAACUCGUAGGAAGAUUUUAUGAUAAAAAAGGACAGCCCACAAAAGCCUUAGAGGAUGCUUUGGCAGUAAUUGACAUUGGGUUGAAGCUAAAAGAGCAAAGAAUAGAAGAGAAUAAGCAAUUUCCACCCUGCAAUGUAGAAUCGAGCUCUGGGAUCAGUAGAGUGUGGUGUUCCAAUCGCAGUGGUGGCAUACACAGGGACUGGGUAGGGGUGCCCAGGAAGAUGUAUCUAGCUGGCUCAGAUGGUUAUCGGUGUGUCUGUGUCAGGACAUCAGGGCCUCCAACUGAGCACCCCGACUCUACAGAACACCGUGACAGAGGAGAUCUGGACAAUCCCUUACUCAAGGAGUAUGAAGAGUGUAACCCUCUUUUUGAUUGGUGUUUACUAAAAGAAUAAAGCACAAUCUCAAAAGUA